UUUAUUAUGAAUGAAUGAUUAUGAAGUUGUUUUGUUAUUGUUGUAGUUGAAUAAACAUGAAGGAAAGACUGAUUUCAUCAUCUUCUAAUACUUUCUUUCUUUUUUGGGCAAUUUCGGUUCUUCAUUUGCUGCUUAAAGCUUCUUCCAAUCUAGAAGGUGAUGCACUGAAUGCAUUGAAGAGUAACUUGAAUGAUCCUAACAAUGUUCUUCAAAGUUGGGAUGCUACCCUUGUCAAUCCUUGCACGUGGUUUCAUGUUACUUGCAAUGGCGAUAAUAGUGUGACCCGUGUUGAUCUUGGAAAUGCGGCGCUUUCUGGCACACUGGUUUCAAACCUUGGUGAUCUCCCAAAUUUGCAGUACCUGGAACUUUAUAAUAAUAAUAUAACAGGUAAAAUCCCAGAUGAGCUAGGAAAUUUGGCAAACUUGGAGAGUUUGGAUCUUUACUUGAACGAAAUGAGUGGUGUUAUACCUAAUACAUUGGGCAAGCUUCAAAAACUGCGUUUCCUGCGUCUCAAUAAUAACAACUUGACGGGCACCAUUCCCGUGUCUUUGACAAAAGUUAAUACACUGCAAGUUCUUGAUCUCUCAUUCAACAAUCUAGAAGGGGAUAUUCCAGUGAAUGGUUCAUUUUCAUUAUUUACCCCUGUCAGUUAUAAGAAUAAUCCUCACUUGAAUAACAUAACAAUCACUCCUGUGCCAGUUUCUCCAUCGCCACCACCUUCUUCAGGUGGCAGUAAUACUGGAGCUAUUGCUGGAGGAGUUGCUGCUGGUGCUGCUCUGUUGUUUGCUGCCCCUGCAAUUGCACUUUCUUAUUGGCGAAAAAGAAAACCACAUGAUAAUUUCUUUGACGUUCCUGCUGAGGAGGAUCCUGAAGUUCACCUUGGUCAGCUGAAAAGGUUUUCUCUACGUGAGCUGCUAGUAGCGACAGAUAACUUCAGUAACAAAAACAUUCUAGGUAGAGGUGGAUUUGGAAAGGUUUAUAAAGGACGCUUAGCUGAUGGCGGUCUUGUAGCAGUAAAAAGACUUAAAGAGGAACGCACACAAGGUGGGGAGCUGCAAUUUCAAACAGAAGUUGAAAUGAUCAGCAUGGCUGUGCAUCGUAAUUUGCUCCGGCUUCUUGGUUUUUGCAUGACAUCUACUGAACGCUUGCUUGUGUAUCCUUUCAUGUCCAAUGGAAGUGUGGCGUCAUGUUUACGAGAGCGUAAUGAUUCUGAUCCGCCGCUUGAGUGGCAAAAGCGAAAAAAUAUUGCGCUGGGAUCUGCCAGGGGACUUGCUUACUUGCAUGAUCAUUGUGACCCUAAGAUUAUUCAUCGCGAUGUGAAAGCUGCAAAUAUAUUGUUGGAUGGGGAAUUUGAAGCAGUUGUUGGAGAUUUCGGUUUAGCAAAGCUUAUGGAUUAUAAAGAUACCCAUGUUACUACAGCUGUCCGUGGUACGAUUGGGCAUAUAGCACCUGAGUACCUGUCAACUGGAAAAUCUUCAGAAAAGACUGAUGUUUUUGGAUACGGUGUGAUGCUUCUUGAACUAAUAACAGGACAGAGAGCUUUUGAUCUUGCUCGACUUGCCAAUGAUGAUGAUGUGAUGUUGCUUGAUUGGGUUAAAGGACUUCUGAAAGAUAAGAAGUUGGAAACACUUGUAGAUGCAGAAUUAACGGGAAAUUAUGACGAUGGUGAGGUAGAGCAGUUAAUCCAAGUGGCUUUACUAUGCACACAAGGGUCUCCGAUGGAAAGACCAAAGAUGUCUGAGGUGGUGAGAAUGCUAGAAGGUGAUGGUUUGGCGGAAAAAUGGGAGCAAUGGCAGAAAGAAGAGACGUACCGACAAGAUUUUAACAACAACCCCAUGCAUCACCCUAAUGCAAAUUGGAUGGUAUUAGAUUCAGCUUCACAUAUCCAGGCAGAUGAACUCUCAGGUCCUAGAUGAUCCUUUCAACAUUCUAUCAUAUGAACAAGUGAAUACACAAUCCUUCCUCAGCCUGGAGAUGCUCUCUGUUGGAAAGAGAUAAACUUCAUUAUUCAUGCAUAUGAUUUUCACCAUCUCUUCUACUUCAUAUUUUAUUAAUUAGUGUCUUUUUAAGACUAGGAUGAUACAAUGUCAAAGUAGAAAAUAUUUAAGCAAUAGACAAGACUGAAAUCUAUCAAUUUCUAUAAGGAUAAGAAGCAUGAGCUUAGUUUUGAUA